AAUCUAACCCCUCGCUAUCCUUCAUUCCGCCGCCGUUCUCCGAGUUGCGACUUCAACCGUCUCUCCCCUUCUAGAUUAAUUUUACCCUCAAUCUCAAAUUAACGGUGGCCACUCCACACCCGUUCACUUCCUCUCCUGUCUUUCUUCUUCAUAGUAACGGUUUUGUGUUUAAUGGCCAUUCAUGAGCGUCGAUGAUCUCUCUUAUGAUUCCCACUACGCUUCUUCAAUUGCCUUUUUGGAUCAUUAACAGGCAUGAAGAUGAAGGUACCUAGGUACGGUAAGUCUGCCUAUAAUGGGAGAGGUGACAGAGCUGAUUCAUCAAGGUGGCCUGAAGUUGAAGGACCUCUUACGGUUAUUCUCUUUCAGGGAUGGAUGCUUGGUUUUAAGCCUCUUCCAGCUGACGUUGUUAAAGCAGUUGCUCCUCAGAUACUUACGGCACUUGGGUUAUGAGGUUACUUAUGUUCGGAAUUUUACUGAUGUUGAUGACAAGGUGAUUGACAGAGCUAACAAGUGUGGAGAGAACUCAUUAGCUUUGAGUAGUCGCUUUUGCGAGGAGUAUCUUGUAGAUAUGGCUUCUCUUCAGUGCCUUCUUCCCACUCACCAGCCUCGUGUCAGUGACCAUAUGGAGCUCAUUAUUAAGAUGAUUGAAAAGAUCAUUGAGAACGGGUGUGGGUAUGCAGUGGGUGGUGAUGUGUUCUUCUCUGUUGAUAAAUCACCAAAUUACGGUCAAUUAUCUGGGCAACGGCUGGAUCAUACUCAAGCUGGUAAGCGUGUUGCUGUUGACUCAAGAAAGCGCAAUCCUGCUGACUUUGCAUUAUGGAAGGCUGCAAAAACUGGUGAACCAAGUUGGGAGAGCCCUUGGGGUCCAGGAAGACCAGGAUGGCACAUUGAGUGCAGCGCCAUGAGUGCUCAUUACCUGUCUCCGAGAUUUGAUAUUCAUGGUGGUGGUGCAGACCUGAAAUUCCCGCACCAUGAGAAUGAGAUUGCACAGACAUGUGCUGCUUGUGAAGAUAGUGGUGUGAGUUAUUGGUUACAUAACGGACAUGUAACCAACAACAAUGUGAAGAUGGGGAAAUCUCUGAACAACUUUUAUACGAUCAGAGAGAUAACGGCAAAGUAUCAUCCACUGGCUUUGAGACACUUCUUGAUGAGUGCACAGUACCGUUCCCCUCUGAACUAUUUGGUGUGGCAGCUAGAGGGUUCAUCAGAUGACUUUGUGUCGCGGUAUUUGCCGGCGUAUAAGGCCUAUCUUCCAACUCUUUACACGGAAGGACCAAGCGGCUCGGACCCAGACCGUGUCCUUGCGAUAGAUAUCGAUGAAGAAAGGAACCCGAUACUUGCAAACUGACGGAAAUGCUGUCUCCAUUGCCUUAAAAUGUAUUACUCUUUGUAUGUAAGAGAGUAAACACUAUGCCACACGUUGUACUUCCAUUUAUCUUUUGACAUGCUAUUUGUUACAGUACUAUACUGCACAUAUAUUAUAUAUAUAUUUUUUGAUAAUUUAAUAUUGUUAUUUUAA